GAUAGAUUUUAAGAGGAAUUAUCAGUCAACUAUCUCAUCUCAUCUAUUCAAUUACAUUGAAAUUGAAAAGUUACAAUUAACGAAAUGGCUUUAAGACUAAUCAACUUAAGUGUUUUACUUUUUUUACUAUUCAACUAUUCCUACGCCUCACAGAGUUCUAGUGUUACAGCGAAUUCUGACGCAGAUUCAUCAAACGAUCAAAAUGGCUAUGGUGAUAGUUAUGAAAAUGGAAUGGGAAUGAAAUUGGACAUGGACUCUGCGAUGAAGGCAAUGUCAGAUUCAAUGGCUUCAGCAGGUUCAAUGUUUGGUGGCUUCGGUUCUGAAAUGGACAACAAUUAUGGAGGUUCUGGAAGUAGUUCAUCAUCAUCUGCUGCCGCUUCAUCAGAUGCAAGCAAUAACGGUAACUCAGGAGCUGGAAAUGGAAAUGGUGGAAGCGCUUCAUCAUCAUCUGCUGCCGCUUCAUCAGAUGCAAGCAAUAACGGUAACUCAGGAGCUGGAAAUGGAAAUGGUGGAAGCGCUUCAUCAGCAGCUGCUGACGCUUCAUCAGAUGCAAGCAAUAACGGUAACUCAGGAGCUGGAAAUGGAAAUGGUGGAAGCGCUUCAUCAGCAGCUGCUGACGCUUCAUCGAACGCUCAAAAUGGCAAUGGUUAUGGGAAUGGAAUGGAAAUGGAAUUGGACAUGAAAUCUGCAGCGAAGGCAAUGUCAGAUUCAAUGGCUUCAGCAGGUUCAAUGUUUGGUGGCUUCGGUUCUGAAAUGGACAACAAUUAUGGAGGAUCUGGAAGUAGUUCAUCAUCAUCUGCUGCCGCUUCAUCAGAUGCAAGCAAUAACGGUAACUCAGGAGCUGGAAAUGGAAAUGGUGGAAGCGCUUCAUCAUCAUCUGCUGCCGCUUCAUCAGAUGCAAGCAAUAACGGUAACUCAGGAGCUGGAAAUGGAAAUGGUGGAAGCGCUUCAUCAUCAUCUGCUGCCGCUUCAUCAGAUGCAAGCAAUAACGGUAACUCAGGAGCUGGAAAUGGAAAUGGUGGAAGCGCUUCAUCAUCAUCUGCUGCCGCUUCAUCAGAUGCAAGCAAUAACGGUAACUCAGGAGCUGGAAAUGGAAAUGGUGGAAGCGCUUCAUCAUCAUCGCUGCCGCUUCAUCAGAUGCAAGCAAUAACGGUAACUCAGGAGCUGGAAAUGGAAAUGGUGAAGUUCAUCAUCAUCUGCUGCCGCUUCAUCAGAUGCAAGCAAUAA